CCCCAGAGGGCUGCACAGCAGCUUAGGCGGGAGAGCGCGUAGCGAGCCAGAUUUAGAGUUCAAAUCGGACUCCGUAUACGUUGGACUCUGUACGCUUUCUCAUUUAUGUGAAAUGUACAUUUUGCGUACUGCGCAUAUGCUGUGUGCCGUUAAAGUGUAUCACGCUAACAUUGUGCAACGUUCUAGCCUAGAUGAACUUUGACGACUAUAAUUCUAACCUUGCAGAUAAGCCCACUUCGUCAUGCCUAUUUUUUCCAUCACAAGAAGCGAACGAUCGUCACAAGCGCCUCAAGAAGGGACGCCUUCUGCCGGGGACGCAACUCAGUCCAUGGAGUUUGAGAAAGUGCUCGAAGAAGUGGGUGGCUUCGGCCUCUUUAACAAGACCAUCAUGAUGCUGGCUCUGGUGAUAGCCACGGGAAAUACCGCAAUGGCCUACUUCUUUCACGUUUUUUUACUCAUCACGCCAACUAGCCAGUGGUGCUUCGUGAACGGCACUUCUCCCGAAGACUUUGCCGACUUCACAGCGCUGCCGCAGCAGCGCUGUCAGCUUGUGGGCCUGUCCAGCGAUGGUGCAAAUGCUACCACGGUCGACGGCAGUGCCCACACAUGCCCAACUGGAUGGAAGUUCAACCCAGACGAGUUCUUCACAUCGAUUGCGAUGGAGAAUGGCUGGGUAUGUGCCGACAGCUGGAAAACGUACACCAUUCAUACAGUUUUCUGGGCGGGAUCAAUGACGAGCUACUUUGUCUCCGGAUUGCUAGCCGAUAGAAUUGGGCGAAGGAAAACAGCCUUGCUGCUCAUAGCAGUGGGUUCCAUUUGCAACCUGCUCGGCGCCUUCUUCACAAGUUUUCUUAGUUACACGGCACUGAGGUUCUUCGCCGCCGCUGGAACGUACUCGGUGACGACAACGGUCUUCGUGUUGGUCAUGGAGUACACGGUAGCUGAAAGGAGGACGCUGGUCGCUUUCGUAUGGAGCAUCGCCUGGACUACCUUCGGCAUGCUGUCACCCUGGUACGCCUACCUGCUGCAGAAUUCGAGGGCCCUCAUCGAAACCAGCGUGGGCUUCAGCGCUGUCCUCUUCAUAUUCACACUGUGGCUUCCCGAGUCCUCCAGCUGGCUAUUGUCGGUAAACCGCAAGGAAGAAGCUUUCGCCACCCUCCAGAGGAUCGCGCGCAUCAACGGCAAGGAUGUAUCUCAAGAAAAGCUGAGCAAGUUGUUACAGGCAACAUCUUGCGAUGCACAGACACAGAUGGUUGCUGACAAGGCUCCAAGUUUCUGGCGUGGCACGAUGGUCAUGCUGAAGUCUCCUAACAUCCGCAAGAUCUCGCUGCUGAUAUAUGCCGCCUGGUUCAUGAUCAGCAUCUGCUACAACGGGACCGGUGUGCAGAUAGGAGCACUGAGCCUGGACGUUUACACGGCCUAUUCGGUUGCCUUAGCAUUCGAGCUUCCCGUGAACUUCUUCUGCGUCUUUUCACUGGACGUACUGGGACGACGCUGGCCCAAUAGCAUAUUUAUGCUGGCUGGUGGAAUCAUCUGCUUUCUUAUGUGGGCAAUUAGAAGAGAGUCGGAAACUUGGACUCUCAUCAUGGUGGCCUUGCUGACAAUGUGCUUCUCCGGCGGCUAUAACAUCACGUACCAAGUAGCAUCUGAGGUGUUCCCCACCAUGAUCCGGGGCCGCGCCGUCCUGCUUCAGAGAAUGUUGGGAGAUGUGGGCAGCCAGCUUGGAGCCCAGGUCGCCUCACUGGCAGUGCUGGACGAGUACUCCCCCUUCCUGGUGACGGGAAGUUUGGCCCUGGUGGCGAGCGUGCUCUUGUUCCUGCUGCCGGAGACCGCCGGCACAAUCCUUCCGCACACCAUCGAGGACGGUGAGAGCUUCGGAAAGGGACAGGGCCUCUGCUUCUUCCCGCUCUUUGCCAGCGAAUCACAGGCGCCGGAAAAGAAGAAGCCGUACUUGAGUGAAUGGACUGGCAUCCUCUCAUUCCACAAGAAACUGCCGGUCACCCAAGAGCCUGCCGUCAACAAAGCAUUUGAAAGAGACUUAGUUAUACCAACAAUAUACAAUUCAAUUAGGUGAUAACUCUAUAAUGUGCGUACGUAUAUGCCUU